AUGUUCAAAAACUUGAGUUUGAUCUUUACCCACUUGAAGCGGGCAUUGAAUUUCUUGUUUCAGUAUCCUUUCUUUCAUGACUAUCCUUACUUCAAGCCAGAAAAUUCAGGCGACCAUGAAGAGCUAAGCACUUGCCAGUGCUACAAGUGGGAGCCAACAUCUGCAGAAGCCAUAGAAUGUGCAGUUUGUCUGAGCAAGAUUGAAGAAGGAGAAGAGAUUAGAGAAUCAAGAAGAUGUAAACAUAUGUUUCAUAGAGUUUGCUUAGACAGAUGGGUUUCUUAUGGGCGCAUGAGUUGCCCUCUUUGCAGGGACUCGCUUGCUCCUCGUAGAGCAAUCUUUGAUCAUGGAGUUGAAGUUUUAUUGUUCAAGUUUUCUUCUUUCACUUCUUCUGAUGAUCGUGAUACCUGGUGGCUCAGAUAG